GGUGGUAAGUUCCCAGCCCAGACUGUUGGCAGCUGGAGACAGCCUCUCUCUCUCUCUCUCUCUCUCUCUCUCUCUCAUCUUCUCUUCUUGCCCUUUCUUUCUCUCUCUUUCAAGGUGGAAUUAUACAGCAACAGACCUGUGAGCUGGAGCCUCCCUACAAAGAAUUUUCUGAUUGCUAGUAACUAACCUCACAGUUACAUGGAGGCAGACUGUGACAUGCAACAUGGAUGAAACAAAGUGUGUGAGGAGGUUCAAGGAUGGAAGGCAUAGUCUGGCAUCAGAGGAUGCGGAAAAGCUGAAGCUCUUGUGAGUCAGGCAAGGUUUUUGGAGAAGAACUGCGAUUUGAAGGAGGAAGGAAAUGUUGUGGCAGUUAAAGAAGUGGGAAGGAGCAUGGUAGGAAUCAAGGAGACUAGAAGAAAGGAACAGGUGCCUCCCCUUCCAGACUGGUUGCAGCCCCUCAAGUGAGGCCUCAGCGAGGCUCCAUUAUAGUGCCUCUUUCAAUACCAGGACUCAGCUCUAGGACUUGUGAAGUAAAUAAAUAUGAUCCUGUUCAUUUUAAUGGGGCUUACAUAUGCGAAUUCCCAGACGGAUUGUGCCCCCAUGGGGGUCAGAUCUGUCCAUCUCCUGCUCUGCCACCUUUAAUCUGCUGACUGAGGCAGCUGUUUCACCGUGUCUCAUUGGAGGGCUGCCUCUGACCAUUACCGGGAAAGCUGCCAUCUAGAAGAGUCCUAAAUAUAUAAAUAUCAAAAGGUGGAAAUCCUUGGUGUCUAAUAUAUAUAUUGAAACUAGGACUUCAGGUUUAUUCUACAGAUGCAAUGUUUAAUUGACUAAUCAAUUAUUUUACUCAAUUAAAAACGUUUGACUCACAAGGCACCCUGAAUUAAUCAGGUAGUUUACAUCAUUUUCACAUGAGUGCUUAUAAGAACUGUGGAUGGCAAGAAUCAUUUUAAAAGAGGCUUUCUCCCUCAUCUCUAGGGCCUGGAUUUAAAAGUCUUUACCCCCCCCCCCAGUAAGUAUGCUAAUUUCAAAAUGUGAUAAGCCAACCCUGCUGUGCUGCGGACGUCUCCUACUUAUUCUGCUGAAUGGGGCCCCAGAAUUCUUCCCCAAAGUCCUGCCCACACACAGGGAGAAUGUCUCUUCUAAGGUGAUGCCUCCUGUGACGCCUGUGCAUCAGCUGAAAAUGAAAGUAUGCUUCUUACUUCAGGAAUAUUGUUUCACCCAUAUGCAAAUGUAGGCAGUGAAGUCCUGUACACGUCAACUCAGAAAUACGUCCCACUGGCUCAAUGAGACUUUUGGUGACUAGACUCAGAUGAUAAAUCAAUUAAGCUUCUUCAAUUGGGUUGCAGCUCUAGUUUAUAGCUGGUCUUGCAGAGUCUAGGAAGCAAAAAGGCAGGUGCUAUUCGGAGUCGCAUGAACAGAAAUAAUGUAUGUAAAAAAUAAGAAAACAAAACAGCCACCAGCUGCUCAAUUUAUAGUCCUGUAGUUCUUCCAUGUUGUUCAGAUUUCAGCAGGAGCCCUUCUCUCCACAGUUUAAGAAGGAUACAACUAAGCUGAAGAAGAUGUAGAAGAGAGGGAGGAAGAAAUUACAAAAAUAGUUGGAACAAAUAAAACACAAGGAAAAGAUGAAGGAACAGAACUUCAGAGUGUUCUUACUUGACUGUAACAAUGUGGUUGCUGUGAUGUUUGGGCUGGGAGGAGCAGACAAAGGAUGACUUCUUAAGAUAGCUGCCUCUCUCCAACUGGGGCAAGAGGUUCCCGUGCAAAAAUUAUCCCUGCACCUCAACCAUGACUUCCCUUGUUCAGUAUAGCUUGGUGUGCCAUGCUAGCGCACCUAAAGAACAACCACUUUGCAAAAGUUCUACCAGAACAGGCCCUUAGAGGAGACUUGGGGAGAACAGGCUAAUCCAGGGGUUGUCAACCCGGCACCCACAGGUGCCAUUGUGCCCUUGCAAAAGCCUUCAUUGGCACCCCUGGGCAAGGCCCCCAGACUCUGAGCUUUCAUUUAAAGUUUCAUUUCAUUUAAAAUAAAAAGAAAAUCUCUUGUUCUCCUAAAAAGAAAGUUUUCUAAGCAAUUUCUGUGAAAUAAGCCAGCCUGGUUGUUCCUGCUUGUCAGUGUGAUUAGCCAAUGAGUGAAGUCAGAGCUGUGACUGACAAGUUUGGACUCCAGGCACUGGGAAUCUCUGGCAUUCUAAAGAGCUGCUAUUUUGUCCUCCCCUUUAGUGCACUUUUCUUGCUUCUGUCUCAUUUUCUAGUAGUCCUUGUAAUCCCCAGUUUGCCCUUCCUUUUCCCCUAGCAACCAGGAUGCAUCUUUCCUGUUGUGGGUUCAUCACAAGAUCAGAUAGUCCCUCUAAGUUAUUUUCUGCAAGUAUUCCUAUGCCAUAAGUGUGGGUUUAAUUAAUUUAAUUUGAUGUAAUUUAAUUAGUUUAAUUAAUUAAUUAAUCGGUUUAAUUACUUUAUUUUAAAUUAGUAAAUACUGCUGCUAUAGGGUACGGAGGCGGGUCUCCGGACUAAUUUUAUUAGGGUGGGUGGCCUGCUGAUAAGCAGAUAGGGAUUGAGGCAUGUGCAAGCCGGAGAGGGAGGUGGGGGGCCAAGUUAUAGGAAGUUUGGGCGGCAGGCGCUGGAAGGGUGCUGCUAGUAGACCAUGCCAGAAUAGGGGAACACGGGACAGAUGCAUUAUAUCCAUCCCAUGUUCCGGGUCUGCUCAGAACCAGACGGAAACUGGGGGACGCAAGGUUCCUACCGACCUUCGACUGCUGUUAUGUAAUGCCAGGUCUGUGGCUCAGAAAACCUCGCUCAUCCAUUAUAUGAUCUUGGAUGGGCGCGCAGACCUGGCAUGUAUUACGGAGACUUGGCUGGACGAAGCCUCUGCUCCAAUUCUAGAGGCCAUGUGUCCGCCAGGUUUCCGUUACGCACAGCAGCGAGGGUGGGAAGGCGGGGACGGGGUGUGGCAGUCAUCUAUCGAGAGUCCUUGGUUUUUGCCAGACCUCCCCUCCAUAGGACUCAAUUUGUUGAUUGUAUGUACUGGAGGUUGGGCCCGAAGGGCAGUUUAGGGAUCUUGCUGGUGUACUGCCCACCCCGCUGCACGGCAGAUUCCCUGGCCGAGGUGCUGGAGGUGGUCUCGGCUGUACGGGCAUUGUCCCCAGAGCUGUUAGUUCUGGGUGACUUUAACUUGCAUGCCGAGGCCGCUCUCAUAGGAGCCCCUCGGGAUUUCCUGGAAACCAUGGCUUCCUGGGAACUGUACCUAAGUAAUACUGGGCCCACCCAUGUAGCCGGUCAUGCUCUCGACCUAGUAUUUGUCCUGGGAGAGGAGAGAAGUGGUCUGAAGUUGGGAGUGAUUCUUGCCACUCCUGUGUCAUGGUCAGACCACUACCUGGUAAAUAUGGACUUCUCGUUGCCAUGCCCCCUCCACAGGGGUGAAGGACCUAUUAAAAUGGUCCGCCCCAGACGCCUGAUGGAUCCGGAUGGAUUCCUGACUGUGCUUGGGGAAUUGGAACCUGCUGAAGGUCGCCUGGUCGAAACCCUGGUGAAGGAGUGGAACGUGGGGAUCAUCAGGGCAUUAGACCGGGUGGCUCCGAAACGUCCUCUCCCCCUGAAUAGAACUCAGCUAGCACCAUGGUAUACACCACGGUUGCGUAGUCUGAGACAGGAGGUGAGACGACUAGAGCGCCGGUGGCGGAAAUCCCGCUCCGAAGAUGUCCGGACACAGGUUAGAGCAGCAGUAGCUGCCUACCAAGUGGCAAUAAAGGUAGGAAAGAAGGCUUUCUUUGCUGCCUCUAUUGCAUCUGCGGAGUGCUGUCCCAGGAGGCUGUUCCAGGUGGUCCCAAGCCUGGUCGGUCCAGUUGCUCAGGAACCCCUGGAACAGUCAAAGGCCUCCUGUGACUUAUUAGCAAAACACUUCGCCGAUAAAAUCGAACACUUACGGAGCUCGAUCCCGUGCGCCGUGGACACAGUGGAUGAACCAGAGUUGGCCAGUUGCAUGCCGGUAAAUUGGGAUCGGUUUCGGCUUCUCCCUUCUGAGGAAGUGGACAAGGUGCUUUCAUCUGUGAAGCCAACCACUUGUCUUACUGAUCCUUGCCCUUCGUGGCUCCUUGUGAGCUGCAGAGAGAAAUUGGGCGAGGGGAUCAAAGCAGUGGUAAACGCAUCCUUGAAAGAGGGUGUGAUGCCAUCAGCCUUCAAGGAGGCAAUUGUAAAGCCCAUCUUAAAGAAGCCCUCCUUGGAUCCCCAAGUAUUCGAUAACUUCCGCCCAAUUUCGAAUCUACCAUUUCUGGGCAAGGUCAUUGAGUGAGUGGUGGCCAACCAGUUGUCAGCACACUUGGAUGAAACGGAUUAUUUGGAUCCAUACCAAUCGGGUUUCAGGACUGGUCACGGAACUGAAACAGCCUUGGUCGCUCUGGUAGAUGAUUUGAGGAGGGCAUUAGAUAGGGGAGAAUCCACCUUUCUUGUCCUCCUCGAUCUCUCAGCGGCUUUUGAUACUGUCGACCACAGUAUCCUUCUGCUUCGCCUGGAGGGAUUGGGAAUUGGAGGCACUGUAUUACAGUGGUUCCAUUCCUUUCUCUCCGACAGGUACCAACAGGUAGCGUUGGGGGAGGAGGUAUCAGACCCUUGGCCUCUCAGUUGUGGUGUGCCACAGGGCUCUAUCCUCUCUCCCAUGCUAUUUAACAUCUAUAUGAAGCCGCUGGGGGCAAUCAUCAGGAGAUUUGGGCUGCAGUGUCAUCAAUACGCGGAUGACACUCAGCUCUAUCUCUCGUUUAAAUCUUCACCAGAGUUGGCUGUGGAGACCUUGUCCAAGUGCCUGGAAUCCGUGAGUGGAUGGAUGGGAAGGAACAAGCUGAAGUUGAACCCUGAUAAGACCGAGGUACUACUUGUGGGGGACAAGAGAAGGUUGGGCGACAUUGACCUGAAGUUCAACGGGGUGAGUCUACCCCUAAAGGACCAGGUCUGCAGCCUUGGGGUUGUGCUUGAUUCCAGGCUGUCCAUGGAGGCUCAGAUUUCGGCAGUGAGCCGGGCAGCCUGGUACCAACUACACCUCAUACGAAGGCUGCAACCCUACCUUCCUGUUCACCAGCUCCCACUAGUGGUACACGCCCUGGUCACCUCUCGUUUGGACUACUGUAAUGCGCUCUACGUGGGGUUACCCUUGAAAACGGUCCGGAAAUUACAACUGAUACAAAAUGCGGCGGCUCGACUACUUACGAAUAGUCGCCGCCGAGAUCACAUCACACCAGUGUUGUUCGACCUACACUGGCUACCAGUUGUUUUCCGAGCCCAAUUCAAGGUGUUGGUAUUGACUUUUAAAUCCCUACACGGUUUCGGCCCAGUUUAUCUCACGGAGCGCCUUCAACGCCACCAAUUAUGCCGCCCGACAAGAUCGGCCACACAGGGCCUUCUCUCAAUCCCGCCAACAAAAACAGCCAGAUUGGCGGGUACUAGAGAGAGGGCAUUCUCAGUGGCGGCCCCCACUCUUUGGAACUCCCUCCCACAAGAUCUCCGGCACGCCUCUUCCCUAAAUGUGUUUC